AUGGCAUUAUUCACGGGGAUGAGAAUGUUUAUGGUGGAAAGAUGCCCGAACUUUGAUACCGAGUAUGUGCAAUUCUCAAGUUUAGCCAACAGAUAUGAUAUAUCUGAUACAAAUGUCAAAGAGCUUGCAGAACUUAUUAAAUUAACGAAUACCAAAGAACUGGAAUUGCAUUUUCUUGAUCUUGAACAGGAUCCACUAAAGAUAGGUGCAUUUGUGAUUGAUUUGAAUUCUAUAUUCGGUUGUUGCGUCCCGAGUUCUAUUUCCGGCUGUGAUGACUUUGAAAUGGAACAGACUGCUAUUACACUUCUCAACAAUGUUGAUCUUAAUGUUGAUGAUUACACUAUCAGAGUCUGUGUUGUCCGAUUAUGGACAAGACCUGCCUUCAACAAUCCUCGAAAGAUUUACUGCUACGACAUGAUUUUCAUGGACCAAGAGGGCACCAAAAUGCAGGCAUUUGUACUACAAAGAAACGCUACCGUUUAUGAGCACCUUCUGAAAGAAAAUCAGUGUUUAACUAUACGUAACCCAUCCAUGGGUGAGAAUCGCCAGAAAGUUAAAUACGUUCAUAGUACGUUGAAGAUCAAUCUAAAUGAGAACACUGUUGUUGAGGCUUACACCGAGCCUGUUGGUUCUGAGUGGGGAUUUGAUUUUACUCCAUUUGAUUCUAUUCUGGAGGACCCAGAUGAGGACUUCAAGUCUUUCAAAAGUCCAAUUGAUGUAAUUGGGUUUGUGGUGAAGAGCAUUCCGGCUGAGGGUAAGAGUGAUAAUAACAACGACAAAGAGGAAAACAAAGUUACCUUUAUUCUUGAAGACUUGCAGCACCAUCAGAUUUUUGUUACACUAUGGGAUGGUUAUGCUAAUCAAAUUCGAGCAUUUGAGAUGAACCAUCCAGCGGAAAAGAAUGUUGUGGUCGUUAUUCAGUUUGGGAAGUACAGGUUUUGGGGAGGACAUGUGAAUGUCUCCAAUUUGUAUACUGUAACUCGAGUGUUCAUCAACAGUGACAUUCCCGAGAUUUUCGAUUUUAAGAAAAGUUUUGUUGCUCAGAUUUCUGCUUCAACAUCUUCCGGUUAUUCUGGGUUGACUUCUUCUGUUAUAAAGUCACCUGUUGACGAAUAUCUUAAACAUUUCACCUUCAGUACAAUUGGAGCUUUAAGUGGAAUCGCAGAGAAAAAGGCUGUUAUUAUCCUUGAUACAAUCAAGAGCUUCGCAUCAGAAAGCACAUGGUUUUACAAUGCCUGUAAAUCUUGCACCAAAAAGGUUUUUACAACAACUAUUUGCAAGGAGAAGCAAGAUGGAAGCGAAGGUUUUGAUGAAGUAACAGUGUUGGAAUGCCAGACUGAUCGUCGUAAUCAAAAGACCGUCACCUCUGUUCCCAGGAUCAAAGUUCCGAUACGUGUUCAGGAUUGUACCGGGAUUGUCACCUUGACGUUGUUUGAACGUGAAGUUGUCAAACUGCUCAGUGUUUCUGCAAAUCAGCUUUUAGAAAACAACAUAGAGAUCAAGUUUACAUUUGUCAAACAGUUGGCUAGCAAAGGAAACUUUCCUAAAGAGUUUAAUGCUUUGCUAAAUCGCAAGUUUGCUUUCAAGAUAGCCAUAGGUUCUUAUAACCUCAAAAACAAAGCAGAUGGCUACUCUCCUGUUGAGGAGGAACCGUUAAACGUUGUUUCUACUGAUUCAAAUCCAACUGUUAAGGUUCAUGUUAAGGAUUCGGUUUCCCGUACGGGUGAGGAUGAGACUCCGAUUUCUAAGUUGAAUGAGAGCAUGUUUACCACACCCUCUGGUCCUGUCAAGAGUAGUUCUGUUUCGAUGAUGGAAAAGGAACUUAAGCGCAAUCUGGAUGCGAUUUAUGAGGCUGAUUUUUGUUCUUCCCAGUCCUCUACUAAACCGCGUAAGAGUGAUAGCGACAUGGAGGAAGAUGCGAAUGUGAGUGUUGGGCUUUUGAAGCCCAAGAUCGAGAAGUAG